CUCGUCCAGGAGCGCAUGACUCCUCCUGGUCGCCCAGAGCUCCCAGGGCCGCCACCCUCCGGGCCAGUCACGGCCCCAUGCUUGGGGUCACCGGCCAGUUGUCACAUGCUGCCCUGUUCUCCUCGGCAGCUCCACCUCUCUCCCGUGAAGCUGGCGGAGCUGCAUGCUGACCUGAAGAUACAAGAGCGGGACGAGCUUAACUGGAAGAAGAGGAAGGUGGAGGGGCUGGACGAGGACGGGGAGAGGGAGGCCAAGCUCGCCCGCAGCCUCAAUGUCAUCCUGGCCAGGUACGGGCUGGACGGGAGGAAGGACGUACAGGGGCCGCACAGCAACGUGCUGGCCGACGACACCCAGGACGACGGGCUGGGCGACCCCCGGCUGGAGAAGCUGUGGCACAAGGCGAAGACCUCGGGGAAGUUCUCCAGCGAAGAGUUGGACAAGCUGUGGCGAGAGUUCCUGCACCACAGAGACAAGGUCCACGAGUACAAUGUGCUGCUGGACACGCUGAGCAGGACCGAAGAGGCCUACAACAACGCCAUCGGCCCUGUGGACCUGAGCCACGGCAAGGGCGACGCCCUGUACAGCAAGCACAGCGAGCUCAAGGAGAAGCUGCGGGGCAUCCACCAGGGCUUUGACCGCCUGCGCAAGGUCAGCCACCAGGGCUACGGCCCUGCUGCAGAGUUUGAGGAGCCUCGGGUGAUCGACCUGUGGGACCAGGCCCAGACCGCCAACUUCACCAAGAAGGAGCUGGAGUCCUUCCGGGAGGAGCUCAAGCACUUCGAAGCCAAGAUGGAGAAGCACAGCCACUACCAGAAGCAGCUGGAGAUCUCACACCAGAAGCUGAAGCACGUGGAGCGCAUCGGUGACCAGGAGCACGUCAGCCGCAACAGGGAGAAGUACGCCCUGCUGGAGGAGAAGACCAAGGAGCUGGGCUACAAGGUGAAGAAGCAUUUACAGGACCUGUCCAGCAGGGUCUCCAGGACAAGGCACAAUGAGCUCUGAGGCCGGCGGUGGAGACCGCGCAGAGAGCCCAAGGCACCGCUGCUGUCGCCUGUGUAGACAGACUGUGGUGACAGCGACAGGCUGGGCACAGCACCACGGCCAGGGGGACCCCUCCAUGUCAUGUGCCCACCCGCACCUCUCAGACCUGUGACCUGGUCCCGCCUGAGGCUGACGGCUUCCUGUAACCACCCCAUGAAGACCCUGAGGUCCAGCUGCCCUCCGCCCUCCUCUGGCACUUGGCAUCAUGGGCCUGCAGUGUUGCCCCAGAUGUGUCACAGAGCUCUAAACACACUA